AUGCCUCUGGGGAAGGGCGACUCGAUGAGGUUCAAACCUUCACCUGAUAUUCUCAGACCGGCACUGCAGUCUGCGCUGUGUUGCAAAACAAUAAAGCACGACAAGGCCAGCCGCACCCCGUCCCCCUUACCGACUCGCCGCCGAAGCCUUCCCACAGCCUUCUCCCAUUUCCUGGAACCUCUCGAGCCCCGCCAAUGGAUCGACCCUUCUCUAGCCAUUUGCCCCGGCGACAAUCAUCUGAAGUCAGUUCCCCUAUAUCGACGUCAGGGGAAUGAAGGUGUCGCCGGUGUCGCAAAAUCACAGCAAUGCGGUGGGAUAAAUGGAUGUUUUCGAUCUUUGGAAUUGACAUUUCUCAUCUGGCUGCCAGUUGCCCGGUUUCCUUUCCGAAAUCAAAGACUCACGACGUCGGCGGGCAAGAAUGUCCUCGUAAUCGGCCCAGGCUUCAUAGGCUGGAACGUCCUCAACUACCUGGUCCGAGAAGGCUACGGCGGGACUGGUCUCGUUUGGCGCAUGUCGCAUGGGCAACAAAUUCAAUUCUCAGGAGCCAACGCCGUAGUAGGAGAUCUGGAUGACGCCACCUUCAUCAAGACUCGAGCACUCGAGAACGAUGGUGUUGCGCAGCGAGCCCGGCAGGGUAAAUUGACCAUAUACUACCAUGCGUCCGGCGCCAGUGUUUUGGACGACAAUGCGUGCGGCGAGUUCAAGGGCGACAAGAUCCACCACGACAACAAUCGCUCCGAAAUAGAUUCUGUGCUUGACGACGCGCCGCAUCGACAAAUCGGGCUGACUAUUCUGCAAUAUCAGAAAGACAUUGGCGACAAGGCAAAGAUCACCAUCAUGAUCCCACCCUUGAUUUACGGGUACAAUCAGCGACAGACGACUGACGAUCCAAAUUCCGACGCUCACACGCUUCGCAAUGAAGCUCGAUUUCGCUCGCGGGAUACGUAG